UCUACCAAACUGCUGGUGAAACAGUCUAGUUUUCCAUUCCAGCUUUAUCUCUUUUCUUACUAUAAUCACUCUCUCACAAACCCCUUUCUAUAUAUUAAGGACAUUAACCUCUUUACUCAAAUCAACUCAACAUAACCAAACAACAAAUCAUAGUACUUUUCAAAUUUUUCCCAAUUCCAAUAUCUUCCUAUUUCUACUCGUAGAGUAAUAAUUUACAAGUGGGCAAUUAUGAGUACAGCAAGAAGAGCUUGGAUUGCAGCAGCAAGUAUCGGAGUAGUGGAAGCUUUGAAGGACCAAGGUGUUUGUAGAUGGACUUCUGCUUUGAGAUCCAUACAACAUCACACAAAGGCCAAUCUCAGAGCCUAUUCUCAGGCCAAGAAUAUCCCAGCUCAGUAUUCUAAUAGCCAGUUCAAAGAUGAGAAAUUGAAGCAAUCUGAGGAAUCUCUUAGAACUGUCAUGUACUUGAGCUGUUGGGGUCCCAUUAACUGAGACCACUAUGAAUUUUUGUAAUAUAGUUUCCUAUUUAUGUGAAAUGUAUAGAUGGAUUUAAUAUAAUCACUCUCUUUCCUUUCAUA